AUGGCACCCAAUCCUAUUUUCAGCACAUUAAUCCAACCACCGCCAGGCCUCAGCGCAAAGCUGGUCCUCCCCACCUCAACCCCCAACACCAACCCCACCACAUUCAACGAUGCAAUGAAAAUCCGCAUGCACGUCUUCGUCGACGAACAAAACUGUUCCGCAGAGGCCGAGAUCGACAGCGACGACAACCGGAGCUGGCACUGGGUAAUCUACGACGGGACCACACCGCCGCCACACAGCCAGAUAACCAACGCAGAGGCAGAGGCUGAGGCCGAGGCAGAGGCGGUGUACGACUGGACGCAUGAGCCGUGUAUCAAGUUGACUCGGGUGGCGAUCAUGCCAGAGUACCGCGGCCUCGGACUUGGGCGACAAUUAGUGGAGACGGCAUUGGACUGGGCGGCUGCGCAUGCGGCGGAGAUAGACGAGGCUGCUGCGUUGAUCGGCGCAAGGGCGGAGCGGGAGAGUGCUCCGCCCUGGAAGGGCCUCGUGCUUGUUCAUGCUCAAGUGGAUGUGGAGCGGAUGUAUGCAAGACUUGGAUUUGUGACUGAAGAGGAGUUGGGGACUUGGUACGAGGAAGGCAUAGAGCAUCGUGGAAUGUUUCGUAGAUUGGCCUUGAGUUGA